AUGUUUUCUAUUCUUUUGUUGGCUGGAUUAGCCCAGCUAGUUGCUUCAGCACAUUUCAAUGACUUUGUUGAAUGUGGCCCUUUAGACACAGCAUGUGAAUGUGCUGUCGACGCUACAGUCUGUACCUUCCAGUUGCAUGUGGAGUACGCUUUCACAUUGACGAGAUACAACUUCAGUCUGCCUUAUCUCCAGGGUCAGGGAGAACAUGUCUACAUUGACAAAACUGGAAACUUUGUUGCUACAAAUGGAAGAGGGAAAUGCAACGAAGGAACUUUUAUCAAAAGAGCUGGGACAUCCGAAGAUUUGUAUUGCAAUGAGAAUGGAGUGUGUGUGGAAAAGAAUAAACUCUGUACUGAGCCUAUAACAGUGGAUGGAAAAACUCUUAGGAUUUUCAUAGCCGUCAACAAGCAGUUCCCUGGACCAACACUGAUAGUUCAUGAGGGACAAAUAGUUGCAGUCGAUGUUCACAACAACCUCAGUACUGAAGGGAUAUCCAUUCACUGGCAUGGACAGCACCAGAUAAAGACAAACUUCAUGGAUGGAGUGGGUUUAGUUACACAGUGCCCCAUUCAACCUGGAAGCUCGUUUCGCUACAUAUUCAAAGCCGGCCCAAGCGGAACUUUCUGGUACCACUCACAAAUGGGGUCUCAGCGAGCUAAUAGUCUUUUUGGAGCGUUGAUUGUAAGGGAAAAGCAAAUCAACUAUCCAAUUUCAUUCAUAGAUUACCCAGCCAGUCACACAAUAACGGUGAUGGACUGGUAUCAGCAAGACCCUGAAGAAUUCUUCAGACACAUAAAAUUUGGCAUGGGUUGGAUUGUAGACUUGCCACCAUUUACUGCUCCUUCGGACCUCGACCCCUCCAAUGGCUACAAUCUAACGCGAGGUCCAGAUAAUGUUGACAUCGGUACAAACCCGUUCUGGUCUGCACUGAUACAUGGAAAAGGUCGUCAUCCUGAUGUGGCGUAUGAACGCUCUAGAUUACAGAUAUAUGAAGUCGAACCAAACUCAAUUUAUCGGUUUAGACUCAUUCACACCGGCACAAUGUAUGCCUUCAGAUUUUCGAUCGAUGGACACAAGCUGAAAGUGAUGGCCACCGAUGGAUAUCUAGUGGCGCCAGUGGAGGUGGACUACAUAGCAUUACAUGGAGGGGAAAGGUACGACUUUCUCUUGGAGACAAAUCAAGGCGAUGGAAACUUUUGGAUAAGAGCUGAAACAUUUGAAAUAGAUUUCGAAAGCAGCCCGAAUCCACCAUACAGUUUCAUUGAUCAUAAAGCUGAAGCAAUACUGCAUUAUUCGGAAACGGACCCACCAAAAUCAACAGAGUACGCAAGCAUCCCAAGUACCCCAAAGCAAUGCACACAAGAGGCUCCAUGCAAGAUGCUCAACUGUCCCUUUGAAAAUUUCCACCCUUCGUACAACAUCGAAUGUAUCGGCAUUGAUACAAUGAAGCUGGUUGAAUCUACACCCGAAGGUGAGAUGCCAGAUGAAACACCAGACGUCACGUACUUCAUGAACAUGGCUGCGUUUGUGGCUCAUUAUAAACCAAUAAGCAGCAUUAAUGAUAAAAACUUCAGGUUUCCCUCCCAUCCACUAACAACGCGCUACGAACAGAAUGACAGGAGCUUGUUUUGUGAAGUGGAUUCUAUAUGCGAGAGCGAGGGGGGGUGUGAGUGUACUACAGUCAUGGACAUUGGCGAUAACGUGACAGUCAGACUUGUCAUCAGUACAGUGGGUGAGGAGAGAAACUCCACCCACUCCAUUCACAUUCACGGCCACUCUGUGCAUGUCCUGAAAGUUGGAUACGGACAAUACAGCAGUGAGAAUGGUUCUUUGCUUAGUAGCUCUCGAGACCUGACUUGUAGAGAUGACGGAGAUGACACAGAUAUUCUCGAUGAUAUUCGUUGCCCUAAGCCUCGUUUUAGGCCUCCUGGCAUAAAGUUUCCACUUGAUAAGUUCACGGUUCGAAAGGACACCUUUAUUGUGCCAGCUGGAGGCUAUGUGGUGGUUCAGUUCCGUUCCAAUAACCCUGGGUACUGGUUCGUUCAGUGUCUUGUUCAGCUCUACUACCGAGAAGGAAUGUCCAUGAUCAUAAAUGAGGCUGUCGAGAAAGCCAAAAAGCCUCCAAAGCAGAUGGAAUACUGUGAUUCUUUCAUCUGGGAUAUUCAUGAUUUCAUGGAUGAUCGAAGUGGUGAUGGUUACACCGCAAUGCCACCCUUUUUCUCGAUUCUUUUAAUCGAGCUAAUGAUGGCACUCUCGGUCUUGUAG